AUGAGGAACUACGUGCCAGACAUCAUCAUUCUGUUUAUCAUCAUCGUAACGGUUACUAUCGUACGAUUAGUAUCACAAAUUCUUCAUGAAUCGCUUAGCGAAGGACCGAAUCUUGUCGCACCUCCGGUUGCAGACAGUGAACCAAAGCCCGAACUGUCCCUCAGUCAACUUAUCGAUCAGAAAUCGAAAGAAUACUCAUGGCUCCUUCGGUUGAUGGUGAACCUGUUCGGCUAUUUGUGUAUCUUCGUACCCGGAGUGUUGAUCUACAAGUAUGCCAAACGCACCAAAUACAUGGAACGAUCGGAUCGGUCACAUCUCUCAGCACUGGUGAAGUUUUGUUACUCCGGAUCCGGCACGGAUAGUCUCGAUAGACCUCUAGACUCUCAGUCCGGUGCAGCGAAAGGAGCGGCCAGUAAACGCACAACGGCCCAGGAGUGUGUGCUGCUGUGCUACUGUCUGGUGGGACUGAUGGGUUCCUACCUUACCUGGGGAGUACUGCAGGAGAAAAUUAUGACCCAGGAGUACGAAGGACCGGAGAAGCGAAAAUCACACUUCAAAGACUCCCAAUUUUUAGUGUUUUCCAACCGUGUGCUGGGCUUCAUGAUAACGGCCGUUUAUCUCGUGGCAAAGCGUCAAUUCCGCCACCGCGCGCCGCUGUACAAGUAUUCGUACGCUUCGUUUUCCAACAUCAUGAGCGCCUGGUUCCAGUACGAGGCACUGAAGUUUGUCAACUUUCCCACGCAAGUGUUGGCCAAAUCGUGCAAGAUCAUCCCGGUGAUGAUAAUGGGGAAAAUAAUAUCGCGCAACAAGUACGAAUUCUACGAAUACCUGACCGCGGUUAUGAUCUCCGUCGGUAUGAUCUUCUUCCUGACCGGUUCGACGGACGAAUCGAAAUCGACCGCCAUGACGACGCUGACUGGCGUGCUGCUUCUAACGUUCUACAUGAUCUUCGACAGCUUCACCUCCAACUGGCAGGGCGAACUGUUCAAAUCGUACUCGAUGUCCUCCAUCCAGAUGAUGUGCGGCGUAAACCUGUUCAGCACACUGUUUACCGGUGCGUCGCUCGCAAUGCAGGGCGGUUUCUACAGCUCGCUCGUGUUUGCAGUCGAUCAUCCGAAGUUUGUGAUCGACUGUAUUGUGCUGUCGAUUUCGUCCGCGAUCGGACAACUGUUUAUCUUCUACACGAUUGCCACGUUCGGUGCGGUCGUGUUCACGAUCAUCAUGACACUGCGACAGGCCAUCGCAAUACUGCUGUCCUGUCUGAUCUACCAGCACCGUAUUUCGUUCCUCGGGGUAAUCGGCGUGCUGAUCGUGUUUCUCGCCAUCUUCCUGCGGGUGUACUGUAACCAGCGGCUAAAAGCAAUUAAGCAACGACACCAAACUGCACCGAGCGGUGGCAGCAACAAACCACGCAUCAACGUUUAG